CAGCCUCAUAGUCAUCAUCCCGGUGUGCUUCGGUGGAAGGGAGAGCGGUGGUCUGACUGCCGCUGCCGGUGAUUGCACAAGACCCCAGAUCUACCCAGGGAGUCCGUCCGGAGUUGAGGAUCCUGAAGUGUAGCCUGAGCCUGGGCCCAUCUUCUCAUUUCCCCCAAGUUCCCAAGCAUGUUGGAAGCAGAAAAACUCAGGAAGCCCCCCAAGAGACAUACACCUUCAGGAUCAGCGGGGCAGGACCCACCUGUGCAUGCUGACUCCUCCGUGACCAGACCCAGGAGCCCGGCUGCUCCCCUGGCUUCUCCCAGCUCCAAGUUUCACACCAGAGCUAACAGUACCUCUCAUGGACUUGGCUGGGGUGCUGGGGAGCACCUGCUGGAGACCGAGGUUAAACUAGAGUUUGUAGAUAUAGAAGAGAGGGCUGUCAGUGGCCACAGGAAAAUCAGAUCUUCUGUCUCCCCAAAGGGGAGUGAGAGGGAUCUGCCCCUACAGAGGAAGAGACCUCACUCCCUCCUCAGUUCCCUGUCGGUCUCUUCACCUGAUCAAGUUUUCCUGGAGGAGCAGGAAGAAGGCACCAUGGGCCUCCAUGUCCACAGCAAGAAGAGAAAAGCCUACUCCCUGGGGAGCCCCGAUCUUCACCCAGCUGCCUCCCAUACAAAGUGCCUGGCCAGCCCUGGGCAGAAUAAGCCGAAGGGAGACUCUGGCCUCUAUAACCUCAAAUCUGUGCUUGGGCAGGAGCCCCCUGGGCAGCCCGAGAAGAAGGUGUCCAAACAGAAGGCACGUGGACAGAGAGAAGAGGGGGAGCCGACACUAAAGAAGUCAAGAGACCCAGUGCUUAGCUCUGGCCAGUCUCCCUCUACCCCGGCGCCAGUCCAGGCGGCCAGUCCGGACAGGUCCGAGGUGGGCCAGCCUAGUGAGAGCGAGAAGGUAAAGCAGGCUGACGUCCUCAUAGCCCAUCUGGCCAGGGAGGUGCGGCGCCUCAAGAAGUGGAAGAAGAGGCAUUUGCUCACUGCUGUCGGGGAGACGUCAUCCCUGCGGAGCCUCCAGAGGCCGCCCUGCCUCAAGAAGCUGGUUAGAACUCUAAAGGCAGAGACCAAGGGCUGGGCUUUCCCCAGGCGUUCCCCCAGCCCUCUGGAUGCCGCAGCUCGCAAACCCGCGUCAGAUGUCCGGCAGUUCUUUACCAUCGACUGCAAGAACGUCUGCCACGUCACCUGCACUGUGUGUCAUGCCAGCAUCAGACAGGGUAAAUGGAAGGGGCAUUUCCAAACCUCAGGCCUGGUCCGUCACUUGGUGAGUAAGCAUGGACUGGAGAGAGAGAGAAGGCCGACUGUAGCCAGCCCAGGGGAGAAGAGGGGAGGGACCAAGGAGAAAAAGCACCAGGGCCCACCCGCCAGCGCCGCUACCCUUGGCCCCGAGGGGCUCCCAUCGUCAGGACACUGCCCCGAUGCCUCUGCUUUGGAAGACAGUGGCUGGCAGCUGGUCCCGGGCAGGCCUGAGCAGCUGUUCCUGGCUCCAGCGCUCUUGCCUGCCUCCACCAAAGAUGAGCAUGCUGCUCUCCCACUGGCGGUCACGGAGGGCCAGCGUGGCACCUACGCCCCCAGCCCGCCCCAAGCACAGGCCUGGAACCACAGCAUCGCAGAGUUGCUCUGUAGCCUGGCAUUGCCACUGUCCUUUGUUUCGUCCCCGCCUUUCAGAAGGUUUAUGGCCCAGGUGGACCCUUCCUACCACGUGCCGCCUCUGGCCUUCUUCUCUGAUAAAGCCUUGCCGCUGCUCCAUGAAGCGGUCGAUGAGCAGGUGUGUCGGGAGAUGCAGCAGGCCACGGGCGGCUGCGUGCACCUCACCGUGUCCACUGCUGCCCAGGACGCAGUUGUGGACUAUGUGGCCGUCACCGCCCACUGGGGAGCGAUAGGGCCGGGCAGCAGGCAGGUGGCGUCGGAGAGCCCGAGAAAGCAAGCUGUGCUCUGGGUUCGAGGCCUGGCCCGGGAGAGCACCCCAGAGGAGAGGCAGCAGGAGCUGUGGGAGCGGGUCCGCCUGUGGCUCAGCCGCAGCUCCCUGCGACCAGGCUUCCUGGUAUCAGGCAGCUGCCUCAGCCUGGAGCAGGCAGGGAGGACGGAGGGCUACACCCGUCUCCCCUGCUUUGCCCACAGCUUGGACUCCCUGGUGACAAACUUCCUGUGUCACCAUCAGAGCGUCCAGAUCCUCCUGGGUACAGUCAGGGCCAUCUGCAGCCAUUUCCAAGACUCUGCAGGGGCCCGGCAGCUCCUGACCCAGCUGCAGCGGCAGUGUGGCCUCCCGGCCCACCAGCCCUUUUGGGAGCUCUCAGACCACUGGGUGUCCGCCUACUGCUUGAUGGAGUGGCUGGUGGAGCAGCGGCAGCCGCUGCAGCAGUACGAGGAGAAGCAGCAGCUGGGCAAGGCUGGCACGGCCCUGUCGGCGGUGUUCUGGAGCCUGACGGACAAUCUGGUCACGCUCCUGCAGCCCUUCCGGACGGUGCUCCAGGAGGCGAGCUCCACGCGGGCUUCCCUGAGCCAGGUGCUGCCGCAGCUCCGCUACCUGCACAUCUUCCUGCAGCAGGUUCACGGGCACUUCGAGGAGCAGGGCGGUGCAGAGGUGGGUGCCGCCAUGCGGCUGGCCGAGGGCUUGGCCCUGCAGCUCUCCACAGACUGCCAGCUCAACGAGCUCUUCCACCGCAAGGAGUUUGUGCUGGCGACCCUGCUGGACCCCCGCUUCAAGGGCAAGAUCGAGGCCAUCCUGCCCCCGGGGGCCGACAUCGACCACUGGAGGCAAGUCCUCGUGUACAAGGUGAAGGAGAUUAUGGUGUCUGAAUGCUCCUUGCCUCCCUCGCUCUCCCCGCACAGCCCGGAGACCAUGCAUGUGGGUGCCACCCUGAGUGGCAGAGGAGCCAGGAGCCUCGGGGCUGAGGAGAAGGGCUGGGAAGAGCCCGCGCAGAGAAGCGGCUCUGGGUCUCUGCUGCUUGGCCAGAGGGAGAGGAGCUUGCUGGAGCAGCUGGAAAGUGUGGGGCUGCUGGCGUCUGAGAAAAGCGGAGCCUCCCUCUCCACCGAGAGCCACCUGGCCAGCGUCAUCGUCAAGAAGUACCUGCGUGAGAAUGAGGUGAUUGGCGCCCAGGACGACCCGCUGGUGUACUGGGAGAAGAAGCAGGAGGUCUGGCCAGCCCUGGCAAGACUGGCUACGGUCUAUCUGUCCUGUCCCCCGACAGGGGCCUUCUCUGGAAGUGUCUGUGCCUCCCUGGACAGCCCUGCCUUUGUGGAGCACGGCGCCCCUAUCCCGGUGGAGACCACUGAGCGUCUCCUUUACUUGAAGACCAACCUGGAGAAUUUCCCCAACUACACCGCCCCUCCCCUCCUCUUCCCCCAUGGAGACCUGGCCGAGGAGGAGCAGACAGCGAGGCACACCUCUACCUGACUCCCUGCAAGUCCGCCUGUGGGAACUCUGCCCGGGCUCAGUGGGGAGAGCAGAAUGCGCAUUCUACAGCGUUCUACGGGGGGGCCGGAGUCCUCAACCUGUUGGAAGGAAUAGGGACAGUUUCUCAAUUCUUGACAGGUUGCCUUUUUCCCCCCAGGGAGAUGUUGUUUUCCAUCCACCUGUGGCUUAAUUUAUUUCUAGCAGUUUGUGCACAGGUAAGGUUAACUCUGUCCAGAAGGGACUGUAAGUUGCACCACACCGUUGUCUAAGCCGCAGCGCCCUUCUGCAGUGCUGGUGGGUAGUAAGGGCCCGUGUAGCUUGUCCACGUAUGUUGCAUGCCUUUAGGAGCCCUGCUUUCUCAAAAAGUGACGAAGGACAAGGAGAGGCAUGGGUGCUGGCCCGUGGGAGAUCUUAGCCACCUAGGGCCUGGUAAGCUGUGGAAGCUUUUUCCACAGUUGCUUUCACUGGAGAAGAAAGAAGCCCAGAGGUAGAGUAGCCGUGUUAAGAGGGAAGUGUGUGCACACAGACACACACCAGCAUUCUUGGGGUCAGUGCUUUCUUGUGGAUCCCAGUGUGGUCAGAGCACCCCAGCUGAUGGGACCGCCCAGCCGGAGAGGAGGUGUGAGUUGAGGACUGCUGAUGGACCCAGUUCUCAGAACAGCCUUCUCACCCAUGGUUUGUUUCCAGACUGCUGGAGACCCUGGGGUUUCUUCCUUUCUACAGCAAAAGCAGUCUCCGAAAGAGCUUCACGGCCUAUCCAGGCUCUAGGUAGCUAUGUUUAUGUCCCACCUGCAGGGCCCACCCCUCCCCUUCUCCCUGGUCACUUGUAAAGUACAAAUCCCCUACCUGGAAGCAAGAAAGGAUGUCUGUCAGACCCACUGGUGCCAGACUGCCCAGAGUGCCUUCAGGGCAGGGUCAAGAGCUGAGUGUGCGAGCCCCAGGAGCCGGUGGGAUCAGGUGCGGAAAGGGAGAGGCUGGAGGAUCCGGGACAGGCCUGUCACCCUGCCCAUGAUGCAAGCCAGGCUCUCCUGAGGUGCUCAGGCGCCAGGAAGGGGGCUCUGAGAGGGAAGGUCGGUAGGCAGAGGUGGGGCAAGGCACUCGGUAAGUUGUGCUUGGGUCCUGGCUGUGGGGGCGAGCCCGGGAAGGGUUGGCAGUCAUGUGUCACUAUGAGUAAUUCACUGUAGGAUAUUUGGAAGAUACUGAGAGUGUAAGGAAGCAGGAAAAAUUAACCAUAAUCCUUACACUCAGACAGCCUUGUUAAUACUUGGACAUAUUUCCUUUUUUUAACCUUGGGAUUAUACUCUGUCCUGUUGAAUAUGUUGUAUUUUCAUAAUUACCACAUCUUUCUUAAAUAAAGCUUUGUAAAGGUCA